AUGAAGAAAGAAAAGAAAACGCAUGCUUUGCUCUUCCUCCUCCUGCUUCACUUCACCUUGGGGCAAUCAGACUAUGCUCCGUAUUUUUAUGACAAUGGUCCCAGCAGCACAAACGGGAACAUGGCCUUGUUCAGCAUUUCUGAGGACACACCCAUCGGAACGCAGAUAUACAUCCUGAACGGCACCGAUCCAGAGGGGGACCCGGUGCGGUACGGUCUGGCUUUUGAAAAGGGCUCCGUAGAAUAUUUUAGGGUGGAUCCCAAGUCAGGGAACGUGACUCUGAUCCAGGAGCUGGACAGAGAGAAACAAGAUGAAAUCUCAGUGCUCGUCAGCAUCACGGACGGACGCAAUAAAGUUGUCGAGACGGUGAGAGUGUUCAUCACCGACGCCAAUGACGAGCCGCCCGAAUUUCAAAACCUGCCUUUCAUCAUUGAUAUUCCAGAGGACACGGCUCCAGGAAGCAGCAUCUACAGAGUCCAAGCCGUGGACAAAGACAUGGGCUCAGGAGGCAGCGUUUCAUACUAUCUGCAGAGCUCCCCGCUUCCCAAGUUCACCAUCGACGGACACAGCGGCAUCCUCAGAGUGAAGCCCGGAGAGACGCUGGACUACGAAACAACACCCACACAUUUUGUGACCGUAGUUGCAAAGGAUGGAGGUGGGAAGUACAAGGGGAAGCAUCAGGUCAUGACCUCCACGGCUACCAUAACCAUCAACGUUAUGGACGCCCAGGACAUGCCUCCAUCCUUUGUAGGAACCCCGUAUUUCGGCUACGUCUACGAAGUCUCAGUUCCAGGAUCUGAAAUAUUCACAGUGUACGCUAAAGAUGGUGACCAAGGCAGUCCCAACCCCAUACAUUACUCCAUUAUGAACGGGAGUGAUGGUGUCUUUGACAUAAAUAGCACCAGUGGAUGCAUCACGCUGACAACCUACCCCUCACUGCUGAGGAAUGAACUCUAUGAAAUUAAAGUCAUGGCGUCCGAGGUGGGACCGAACAACGAGCUGCUGGACUACGAUGUUACCACGGUGACGGUCCGGGUGGUGGAUCUCAACAACCAUCCUCCGACUUUUUAUGGAGAGAACGGACCCCAGAGCAAGUUUGAGGUCACCAUGUACGAGCAUCCGCCCGCCGGGGAGAUCCUCCGAGGCUUCAAGAUCACCGUCAAUGACUCUGAUCAGGGUGCAAACGCUAAAUUCAAACUGAGGCUGGUGGGGCCGAGCCGAGUGCUCCGGGUGGUUCCGCAGACGGUUCUGAAUGAAGCGCAGGUGACCAUCAUUGUGGAAGACACAACUGGAAUCGACUACGAGAAGGGGCCGACCCUCUCUUUUAAGCUGCUGGCGGUGGAGAUCGACACCCCCGAGCGAUUCAGCGCCACGGCCGACAUCGUGAUCAACCUGCUGGACACCAACGACAACAUCCCCGCCUUCACGUCCGAGUACUACAUCGCCAGGGUCCCUGAGAACUCUCCUGGAGGCUCCAGCGUUGUGUCCGUUACGGCAAAUGAUCCAGAUUCAGGGCCUUGGGGUGAAGUCAAGUACACGAUUUAUGGAUCAGGAUCAGAUUUGUUCGCCAUCCACCCGAUGUCAGGCCUCAUCUCCACCCAGCCCUGGACCAGCCUGGACGCCGAGGUCCGGUCCAAGUACAACUUCUACGUCAAGGCCGAGGACUCGGAGGGGAAGUACGGUCUGUCCGAGGUCUUCGUCACCGUCCUCGACAUGAACGACCACUCGCCGGAGUUCGACGACAAACUCCUGGAGAAGACCAUGAUUAUUGGCACGGCGGUCAGAGUGGAGGCGGUGGACGAUGACGCGGAGUCUCCCAACAACGUCAUCGAGUACUCCAUCAUGACGGCCGACCCCGACAACGCCUUUGACAUCAACGCCAACACCGGGGAGAUCCAGCUGAAGCCCUACAUCAAGUCCAUGGAGAUCGUGCAGAACAUCACCAAGCAGAAGGACUGCAAGUGGUCCCUGGUGGUCCAGGCCAGGGACCGAGGCUUCCCGUCCUUCAGCACAACCGCCGUGGUCAACAUCGACAUCACGGAGGCGACUCCCCUCAAGGGGCCUAUGGCGGCCUUUUUAAUGAAAAGUAGGGACAAUCCUUUGAAAGCUCUAGGCAUGGUCACGGUUGUCAUUAGUGUGUUGGUAGGAGUGACGGUCUUGAUCUCCACCGCUAUGUACAUGCGCAACUCAAAGUCCAACAGGAUCAUGCCGGCGCGUCGCAUCAUUAAGCGGCGGCCCAGGGACCAGCAGCCGUCCUGGACCCUGAAGGUGCCCGGCGUCAAAUUCAGCAACCCCGCGGAUAAGUUCCUCAUCAGCGACCCGGAGAGCGGCGCCCAGCGGGACCCCAGCAGCCCCCGGCCGAAGCCGCCGCCUCCCUGUCUGCCACCUCCGCCCCCGUCCACCUCCAGGCCCAGCGAGAGGCCCCGGGCGGUGCCCACGAUAUCCGGCGCUCUGGCCUCCAAAGGCUCCAAAAAGGCCAAACCGAGCCGCCGCAAGGAGGGAAACAUCAGCUCUGCUCUGGUGUCCGAGCUGAAAAUGAAGCUGGAGCAGAAAAUCAUCGAGAGCAACCAGGGAGGUUAUUAUUAACUCACUUUGAUUAAGGCUCGACUGCUCUUAGCUUCACCUGAGCUCCGUGUGAGGAUCCGGUGGGCGUGGGGGGCCCACCUUUAGAUUAUUCAUGAGUGAACGGAAGGUUUACAGAUUUUCACGUCUUAAGACAAGAUGUUAGACGAGUGGGCUGCAUCCUCGGCUGACCUGGUUUCGGUAGAGAGCUGGAGUGUGUGGAUAAUUCCCCACACUGCCAUCUUGAGGAGGAUUAUGUCAUCUUAACAGCCAGAGGUACCACUAUAAAUUGUCCAGGAGGAGGAUUACUGAGACUUACUGUUUAUACAUAAGUUGCAUAACUUCCUGAAAAGCGUGUGAUGUUUUCAGCACCAGAAAUAGGAUUUUUACUCAGUGAAUCCUAAAAUAAAAUAAAAAAUAAAUAAAUAAAAAUCUGUAUGGUCACUGAAGCAUGCAGCUAAAUGACAGUCGUGUUGAGAAAAAACAAUCAAACAUGGCUGUUCAUGAUGAAGUGCUAAAGGACCUGUGUGUUGAUAUUUCUACUGUGUUACAUCAGGUUGCUCUUUUGUAAUGAUUACAACGUGCCACUGUAGGUUUUCACAGUAACAUGAGCUUCUUUAUUUCAGUGGGUAACUCUAGAAAAAUGCUUUUAUAUAUAAAUGUACAUGGGUCCAUUUUAAGUGU